AUGAACCCUCAACAAGAAUUGGACUUUGAUUCCGGUGCCCUUAAACCUUAUUAUGGAAAGCUGUUUCCUUUUGCUGAUAUCUUUAAAUGGAUGUCUUAUGGCCAUGACGGGAAACAUCCCGGUUGUGAUCAGUCCUACUUUGGAAGAAGGGAAUUUUCCUUCACUCUGAAAGGUGACAUUUAUCUGCGAUUCCAAUCUUACAACAAUGCCGUUGAACUUGAAAACUCCAUCAAAGACAAAUGCCCCUUAAAGAUUGACAUUGGACCUGUCUACACAGUUGAUCCUGCAAAAAGGCAUGCCUAUGCACAGGGUGGUAAUAAUGUUUUCACUCCAGUUGAGAGGGAGUUGAUUUUUGAUAUAGAUAUGACUGAUUAUGAUGAUAUUAGAUACUGCUGCAAGGGUGCUGACGUUUGUUUGGAUUGCUGGCCAUUGAUGACCAUAGCCAUCAAAGUGAUUGAUACUUCCUUAAGAGAUGAGUUUGGUUUUAAGCAUAUACUCUGGGUCUAUAGUGGACGUAGAGGUGUUCAUUGUUGGGUGUGUGAUGGGAAGGCAAGAAGGUUGACAAAUGAGCAAAGAUCUGCUAUUGCUGAAUAUUAUCGUGUUUACAAGGGCAAUGAAAAUAGUCAAAAGAAGGUUUCUUUGACUGGUGGCGCUCUUCAUCCUUUCUUGGCGACAUCGUACACCAAUGUCCUCAAGGACUAUUUUGAGAAAAAACUGCUUACGAAUCAAAACUUACUUGCUACUGAGGAGAGAUAUGAGAAGAUCCUAAGCAUGAUUCCUGAUGAAUCUAUUGCUUCCGAACUUAGGGGAAGAUGGCAAGAUAAUAGACGGUCCUCUAGUGCAAAAGAAGAUAUUAAUGUUGUGCGAUGGGAACAGUGCAAGCAGUUGCUGCAAUCUGGAAAACACAAGGCACAGGGGUUGCGUAGAUGUGUUGAAGAAAUUGUGUUUUCCUUUACUUACCCCAGGCUAGAUAUGGAGGUUUCAAAACAUAUGAAUCAUUUGCUUAAAGCACCGUUUUGUGUACAUCCAAAAACAGGUCGUGUCUGUGUCCCUAUUGACCCGAACCGGUGUGACGAGUUUGAUCCUACUACAGUACCCACCCUUUUCCAGCUUCUGGACGAGCUUAAUAAUGAAGGCUUGAGGGCUGAUGUUAAUGGCGCAGAAUGGAGUGGAACUUCGCUUGGAAAUGCUGUCAGGCUUUUCAGAUCUUCUUUCUUGGAACCUUUGCAGAAAGCCUGCAAGGAAGAAAUAGAAAAAUCCUAUAAUUUGAAGUUGCAGCAGUCAAAGAACUCCAUAGGUUGGUAG